AUGGGCGCCAUUGCCGCACCAACAGGCCAUUCAGGACAAAAUCCUGACGCACCUGCAACAUUCCCAGAUGCAUAUGGCAUGAUCAUCGCAACCAACGUACAGCCAUUCCACUUCGAAUCGAUCAAUGCCAAUAGCGGCAAAUUCUGGCUCAACCUUCCGCAGACCGAGACCUCGUGCCCCAGCGAUGUUGCCGCUCAAGGGGCCUGCCCUCCAGGAACAGAUACCGUCUUUGUCGGUGCAGGCGGCCUCGAUACCGUGGUUCCCGGCGGGCAACAAGUCUAUGCCUUGCCGAACGGAGAGCUUCAAUUCACCUCCGCGCACUCUAACCUCAUCCCUGCGGGAGCUGUCAGUCAGCCUUUCGUCUACGUCCCACAGCCCGAUGCGCAGUACGGUACUGUGACCACUUAUGCCUUUGGGGCUGAUGGGUUCAUGGCCUGCCCAACUCAAGGCAGCAUUGCUUACCAGGUCUUCAUCAAUAUCCCCAAUGCAGUCGUUCCGUUGGGCGACGUGACUGCCUGUGUGCCAGUUAGCCCUCUCGCUGUGACCUACACCCAGGGUACUGCUGCUGCUUGGCAAUACGACUAA